CAUAGACUGAGCGCAAACAGGAGGGAACAAACUUCACUUUCAUCUGGACUUCGUCUCUCUGCUCUAGCAGGAUCCUCUGCCAUGAUGCACAAAUCCAUUUUUUCAACAUUACUGCCAUUCGGUCUGCAUUUUAUUCUGAUGCUGUGUCUGAAUGUUGAGGGCUCAGCAUUGGUGCCCAUUGAACUUGCUCCAAUUCCCUGCAAUGAUAAAGCUGUGGAGAAGCUGUCUCGUCUGGCGCUCACUUAUAUCAACGAGGAUCGUGCCGAGGGUUAUAAAUUUGCCCUCAAUCGUGUUUCUAAUGUCCACCUACACGCGCAGGGUCCAGCAGGCAAUGUGUAUUACCUGGACCUGGAUGUCCUGGAAACCAAGUGUCACAUACGUAGUCCGAAACCAUGGAAACGCUGUGAUGUCAGACCCUUCAUGGAAACGCAAAUCUCCGGUAACUGCAACACCACAAUCCUCCACACAUCGGAAGGUUACUCUUACCUAUAUAGUUAUGAGUGCACACUUGUGCCAGACCCUGCAGAGAAGCUGCAACAGACAUGUCCAACCUGCCCCAUUCUACUUCCUGUUGACAGUCAACAAGCUGUGUUGGCUGUUCAGGUCUCUCUGGCAUCCUAUAAGAGACAGUCCACUGUGGGUGCAGGGCUUGGAAUAAAAAGGAUCACCAGAGCUGCGGAAAAAACUGUGCCAGUAAAAGCCAGAUUUGUGGAAUAUACAGUCGAGGAAUGUCUGGAGGGUGUAACAGAAAAAGGCACAUGCCAGCGGUUGACACCCACUUCAGACACUGAGACCGCAGGUUUUUGUACAGCAUCUGUAUAUGGAGAUCUGCAUGCUCAGCCAGAAGUUCAAGUGUCCUGCGAGAUCUUCAAAACACAGAACGUUGAUGUCCUGCAUCCAUUGCAACCACAAGGUCAUGACCUCCCGUUAAAGCCUUCCAUCCCAACACUGCCUCCAUUCCAUGACCCAGGGAAAGAUAAGAAUUCAGGUCAUUCUGACCCAAACCCACUCCCUGAUCCUCAACCAGCACCAUUUGACGUAACACCACUCCCAGAUCCUCAGCCCGCACCAUUUGACCCUACAAAAAUUCCCUCUCGUCCCGUGGUCCCUUCAUUGAAUCCCUCAAUCACCAGCUCCUCAUCUUCCAGUGAGUCUGAUGAAGUGAAUGGAUCAUUUGAAUCAUCAUCUGAAGAAAUGGGAGGCCCUCUGGCUUUACGCCCACCAUUGGACUUUCACUAUAAAAGGCACGGCCGCAAGAAACGUCAGGCGUUGACGGAAAGUUCGCCAUCCCACAAACCAACAUUCCUGUCUGAUUUCCCAAGUGGACCAUCGCCUUUCCGCUCUUGCCCUGGUCCGUCACGAUACACCACGGUUUAAAAAGCCAGUUUGUUUGUGUGCUGUAUAUUUGGGCGAGGAUGGCAGACAGAGUAAAUACUCUACUCUGACAUUAAUUAUCUGUACAAACAGUAUAUACCAAUAAAAGGGAUACUAUUUCCAUAGUCAGUGCAUAAACUGAGAAAGCCUGUAUUGGAACUUGAUUUAAAAUUUAUGGAAUUAUUGUAUAAGUACUUGAGAAAUUAAAGUUUAGCAGCAGUGCAAUUUCCAAAGACUAUUCAACACUGCAAAUCACACUAUUUACUAAAUAUGUUUCAAUGUAGUUUUAUGGAAAAACAAAAUUCAUUAUGACAAAGCACUACAUAUAUAAAAGUACAUCUAUAUUUACAAGAACAUAGCACUUGAUUUAUUGGUAUUUAUAGAAGUCAGCGCUUUGAUGCAGUAUUUGAAUUCUAAUUCAUGUAACAUAAACCACACAUAUUGUUUAUUCUUAAUACACAUAAACCACUUUGCUGAAAACAUCAUGACUGUGUUUCAAUCCCAGUAACGCCUAGGUUGGAUUUCCCCCUUAUAUGACACAAUACUUUGCAAAAGAUAGCAACUGUUAAAGUCCACACACAAAUUUUCAGACUUUAAAAGUAGUAAUAAAAGCCUCAUGGCACCGAUUUAAAGGGGAAUAGUGGAAAGCACCCCUUUAUUCAUUCAUCUUUCGAGCCGCUUGUUCUCACGAGGGUCACCAGGGUACUGGAGCCUUUCCUAGCUCACUAUGGGCAGUAGGCGGGGUACACCUUGAGUUGGUUGCCAGCCAAUAACAGGGCACAAAUAGACAAACAGCCAUUUACAUACUCAGACCUAGGGAGUACCUGGAGAAAACCCAUGGUGGCAAAGGGAGUCGGAGCCCGCGAUGAACCCUCGAUCUUAGAACUGUGAGGCAGCUGUGCUAACGACUCUCCCACUGUGUCGCCCUGCACCUGUCAAUUUCAGAUACUGGCAUGAGUAUUGCAAAAUAUUUAAUUAUCUGGCAGAAAAGAUCACAGGGCAUACGCAUAAAAAACCAAGAUGCAGAACCUCAUUAGCCAAUAAGAAAAGAAAACAGAAUCCCUGUGCAAUGCAGGAUUUCAACUAUCCUAACUGAAAUCAAGAGGAUUGAUAUGGGAUUCUAUAAAAGAUAAAUUGAUUAAAACAUGUCUAAAUAAAUAUUAAAAGAUGAAAGAGAUUGCCUCAUCACAUUCAACUUUGAACCUUGACCUUGGAAACACCAAAAGGUAAAUGGUAAAUGGACGGUAGUUAGGGCUUCAUUGACUUGGCAAACUGUCUCAUGAAGUGUUUAAAAUUAAGUCAUAUAGAGACAGGACCAUACGUCUUUAACAAUAGUUUAGUCAAAUAUAAGAAUCAAUCCUAAAAGCAGAUGAAGCCAAUGGGGUGAUGUUGAAAUUGAGGUUAUAAGAAAAUGCAUGGCUGGAUGACUUUUAUCAAUUUACUAGGAUACGAGGCAUAGGCGGAGUUUGACUUUUGGGGCUUUGGGGGCACAAUAUGUUGAUGACCCCAAAACACAGUGUCAGCAAUAAAAUUAACUUACAAGAAUAUUUAAAAUAAGUUGACAAUGAGCGUUUUUUUGUUUCCCAUCACUCUUGAGGGGAAUUCUAAAUCAGGCUGCUUAGGCAAUACUUUUCGCCAAGAUCAUCAUCCAUUUAAUUUGGUAUGCCCGCCGGUGUCAAUGUAGCUACCACAGUCAAAAAUUGUAUCCCCUGGGCGGAGCCAUUUGGAGGUAGAUUUGUGUCUUUAUUAUUCAAUCAAAAAAAAAAAGUUGCUUCAAUUAAAAAAAAGUUGCUUCAAUCAAA